GAAAUAAAGAAGGACAUGAAGAAAGAAAACACUGCCAACAAACCACCAGAGAAGCCUAUAAAUGAAGUUUCCAAUGGAAGCCCUUUACUGUUGUCUGAGACAAUUAUUAGAACCAACAAAAAAGGAGAGAGAAACAGAAGAAGAAGAUGUCAGGUGGCUUUCAGUUACAUGCCUCAAAACGAAGAUGAGCUGGAAUUAAAAGUUGGUGACAUCAUCGAAGUUGUGGGAGAGGUAGAAGAGGGCUGGUGGGAAGGUAUCCUCAAUGGAAAAACUGGCAUGUUUCCUUCCAACUUCAUAAAGGAGCUCUCUGAUUCUGAUGAUGCUGGACUAGCACAGGAAGAGCAAGUAAAGCCAAGAAAAUCUGCCUUUGAAGGGACAAUUCUGUACAGAGUGGCACCGGCAAAGAUUGACAGCUACAGACGCUAUAACAGCCUGAAAGACGCUACAGGCUCAGAGAGCGAUGGUGGCGACUCUUGCAGCACAAAAUCAGAAGGAGCCAACGGAGGCACGACAAUCCAACCCAAAAAGGUCAAAGGUGUUGGCUUUGGGGAUAUCUUCAAAGACAAACCUAUAAAGCUACGACCAAGGUCAAUAGAAGUUGAAAAUGACUUUCUCCCAGUAGAUAAGAGUGCUGGGAAGAAAUUACCUCCAGCCACAGCAACUCAGGAGCCAACAAAAGCAGAAGUGGACAGCAGAACAAAAACCAAGGAGUAUUGCAAAGUGAUAUUUCCAUAUGAAGCACAGAAUGAUGAUGAGCUCACAAUCCGAGAAGGUGAUGUCGUCACACUUAUCAGUAAGGAUUGCAUUGAUGUGGGCUGGUGGGAAGGAGAACUCAAUGGCAGACGAGGUGUGUUUCCAGACAACUUUGUGAAGCUUCUUCCAUCUGAUUUUGAAAAAGAGAGACCGAAGAAACCACCACCUCCAUCAGCUCCUGUCAUCAAGCAAGGAUCAGCUACCACAGACCGAAAGCAUGAGAUCAAAAAGGUACCUCCCGAAAGGCCAGAAUGUCUUCCGAACCGGACAGAAGAAAAAGAAAGAUCAGAGAGAGAGCAAAAACAGUUAGACUUGCAGAAGCCUUCAGUUCCUGCUAUACCUCCGAAGAAACCUCGGCCACCCAAAGCAAACUCUGGGAACAGACCUGGUACCUUGCCCCCAAGACGACCAGAAAGACCAGUAGGGCCUGUGACUCACACAAGGAGUGAUAGUCCAAAAGUGGAAUUAGUGGGCAGUACGGUAUCCGGCGCUCUGGAGAAAGACUCCUCUGAAAGAAGCAAUGACAUCGACUUGGAAGGUUUUGACUCUGUAAUACCAAUUGCUGAGAAGCUUAAUCAUCCAACUACAACCAGACCAAAAGCCACUGGCAGGCGACCACCCUCCCAGUCUUUCACGUCUUCAUCCCCUUCUAGCCCUGAUUUCUUUGAUUCACCAAGUCCUGAAGAUGAGAAGGAGGAACAUGUUUCCAUUACUCACAAAGCUAUUGAAGCAUCAAGGAAACCAAGAACUGUUACAAUAUCACAAGUGUCUGAUAAUAAAACUUCCUUGCCUCCAAAGCCAGGAGGUUUGGCUAGUGGCAGUAAUGUGCAGCCAUCACUGUCAUCCUCACCGUCACCUGGAUUUCACUCGAUUGCUAUGGGAACAACAGGCCACAGGUCAAAUUCCCCAUCCCUGUUUGGUACUGAAGGAAAGCCAAAGACUGAGCACUUGAUCCAAGGUCAGACUGCCCUGGAGGAGCUGAGAACACAAAUUAAGGAGCUAAGAACCAUCAUUGAAACCAUGAAAGACCAGCAAAAAAAAGAGAUCAAACAGCUGCUGUCUGAGCUGGAUGAAGAGAAGAAGAUCCGUCUACGAUUGCAGAUGGAAGUGAAUGACAUAAAGAAAGCUCUUCAAUCAAAGUGAAUACUUGCUAGGUGGAAUGUUGCAUUAUUCUUCGUGACCGAGACUCGAAAUUUAUGCCCCAGCCAAAACAACUUUGUGCCAAAUGAUUUAAUAAUUGCCUCAAGGUCCCUAUUUCUCUGAAGGAUUAGCACAACAGUCUUUUUUUUUUUUUGAUAGCACAACAAAAAUACCACCACCAAGGACAAAAUUCCCCCCCUGAAGCAGUGCUGUGCAGCACUAGUUGUGACUGAAAUCAAUCUUAUUGUGCUAAAGGCUUCUCUACUUCAAGCUCCUAGGUGAAAUGAAAUGAAAACUCAGGCAGUUUAGUCCAUAGUGGUACUAUUUUGAUGAUAUUUUUCCAUAAAUAAAAUGUAUUUCAGAUUCUCUGUUUACAAGCUUUUAUGAUUUUGA